AUGGUGUGGAGACAUAGCGCCAGAUUCAGCUUCUGUGGCUUUGUCCUGCUCGGGGCGGGGCUGAGAGCUUUCGUGGGGUUCAGGGAGCAUGGCCAGCGCGGCCACCGAGGCUUCACCCCGGCAGCCAUAGCCGAGCAGUCGGUGCAAGCUGACUUGGAUUACGUACUUCCUGUUGGACCUGCCUGUCCGCUGCGCUCCGAUACCAUGGUUCGUGGAAACUUCGAGAAGGAGAUGACCAUGGUGAUGGUAGUUGCUGCGGACAAAGCAGGUGACUUUGCCACUCUCGCUCAGCAGAUCGGAGCGGGUAUCCGCCCAGAUCCGCGGAAGCAGCGCAAGGUGGGCAAUGACCUUAGACUGCAGGGAGAGCGGCUCAAAAGUCUGCUGGACAACAUGGAAACAUCCGCUGACUUCCAGGUCCUCGAGGCCUACUUCGUCAUGGAGCUACAGGCCCAGAAAAUGGGGGCCCCAAGCGCGCGCACAGUGGAGAAGAUGACGAGUUGGCAGGGUGCCGGGAUCCUUGCAGAGGCUGAAGGCAUGAUGGUGCCACCUCCCCCUGAAGGUGUAGAUCCUGUAGCCUUGUCACGGUCGGCACCAGGUGUUGGCAUGGUGAGUCAGCUCCGAGCACCACGUGUGCUGCCGUUUGCUGAAGACAGCUUCCAGGGAGUGCCAGGGACGGAGAUGCUCGAGGCGAAGUACACAAAACUGGUGGAGGAGCACCGGGAGCUGGUGUCUUUCGGUCAAAAGUAUGCCGAGUUUGAUCAAGCUGGGAAGGAGUUCUACCUGGACCGCAUGACGGACAUCACGCAACGCUGGCAUGACGUCCUGGAUGAAGCGAGGAGCUAUGACAUCAGGCCCGUGCGUGGCUUUGAAGCUUACUCCCAGGAGUAUCUGAGCCAGUCAGGGCUCACUCCCAGAGGCUACCGGGAACUGGUUGACGGCGUGCAUGCACUUCUUCGGGAGAAGGCUGGUUGA